GCAUCUUGGGAAAUGUAGUACGUGGUCUCAAAGACCGCCAAGAUCCAAAGAGGUGGCCCAGACAGGCCAAGAACUCAUCUUCCUGCCUCAGCCACCCGAGAGCUCGUAUUCGGCCUUGACCUUGGAACAAAGAGCCAGUUCACGUGUCUUGGGACGUUAUAGCAGCCAUGCUUAGCGUAAAUUCCCCUGCCGGUUAGAUGCCGGGAGCAGUUCCUGUGCCCCGGAUACGACGACACAAGAUGACGAGACUCCUGUCCUAAGUUCUGCCCUGGUCCGGACCUCAGUGGAGCCUCUGUGUUUCACAAUGCCAAAUUUGCCACAUUGCUGUAACAUUUAGGCAUGUGCGACAGGCAUUCAGAUCAGUUCCGAACACCAACUGGAGCUCUACCUUUCCUCACUGGUUUGCAUUCUUGCUGAAACUGGUGGUCCCAGCGUCCUUCCUCCGGCUCUGAGAGUUAAGAACAGCAUUGGCCCACUACCUACCAGCAGAGUGAGAUGGGACGGACAUCAAAGGAUAAACGAGAUGUGUACUACCGCCUGGCCAAGGAGAAGGGCUGGCGGGCUCGAAGUGCCUUCAAGCUGCUUCAACUUGAUGAAGAAUUCCAACUCUUCCAAGGUGUGACACGGGCAGUUGACCUAUGUGCAGCCCCAGGCAGCUGGAGCCAGGUACUGAGCCAGAAGAUUGGAGGCCAAAAAUCUGGCCAGGUGGUGGCUGUGGACUUGCAGGCUAUGGCUCCUCUCCCAGGUGUGAUACAGAUCCAGGGGGAUAUCACUCAGCUCUCCACUGCCAAGGAGAUCAUCCAGUAUUUUGAGGGCUGCCCUGCUGACCUAGUCGUGUGUGACGGAGCUCCUGAUGUCACUGGCCUCCAUGAUGUCGAUGAAUAUAUGCAGGCCCAGCUUCUCCUAGCUGCUCUCAACAUUGCUACACACGUCUUGAAGCCAGGGGGCUGCUUUGUAGCCAAGAUAUUCCGAGGCCGGGAUGUGACUCUGCUCUACAGCCAGCUGCGUGUCUUCUUCUCCAGUGUACUCUGUGCCAAGCCCAAGAGCAGCCGGAACUCCAGCAUUGAGGCCUUCACUGUUUGUCAGGGUUAUGACCCUCCUGAGGGCUUUGUGCCAGACCUCACCAAACCCCUGCUGGACCACUCAUACGAUUCAGAUUUCAACCAGCUGGAUGGUCCCAUCCGUAUUAUUGUGCCCUUUGUGACCUGUGGGGACCUUAGCGCCUAUGAUUCAGACCGAAGUUACCCACUGAAUCUAGAGGAUGGCUCUGAAUACAAGUAUACUCCACCGACACAGCCCCCCAUCUCACCCCCAUACCAAGAGGCCUGUAAGAUGAAAAAGAAGGGGCAGUUGGCAAAGGAGCUCCACCCCCAAGAAUGCCCCAUCAGAGUGGACAUGUUGCCCCAGCCCCUGGCUGUCCCUCAGCACCAUUCCCUGUUGGCCCCCAAGGUAGAAGACAAUGGAAUGAAUUGUUCACUUUAAUACAUUAAAGCUAACAAACUAAUACAACUCAGAAAAACAGAACACGGGUUGAUGAACUUGUUUGCAAAUACCAUCGAUUGAGGCCGAA